AUGAAGCAGGAAGAGGAGGAGGUGGUCGUGAGGAUAGAGGAGGAAGAGGUUGGUAACACAGGAGCGCGGAGAGGUGCAGUGCCUGCCCACACACACCAUGGCAGGGGAGUGAGAUUUUCUGAGGUGUGGGAGUACUUCCACAUUGCCCCGCCCCGGACUGGUCACCACCCCAGCCAAUAUGCUGCCUGCAGGCUCUGUGGCCGACAGGUCAGCCGUGGUCCAGGGCUGAACGUUGGGACCACCGCUCUGUGGAAACACCUGAGGAGCAUGCACAGAGAGGAGCUGGAGAAGAGUGGGCACAGGCAGGUCAACCAAUGCCCAGUGGCGCACUUGCCUGUGGUACAGCACCAGCCAGUCGCAGAGGGGGAAUGGGCUCACCUCAUGGAGCAGAUGGGGGCGCUGGCUCUGCGUGCCAGCCAGCGGGAGAGGGAAGUGGAGAAGAGGGAGAAGGCCGUGGAACGCAGGGCAAGGGCCGUGGAGCGGCGCGAGAGGGCCGUGGAGCGGCGCGAGAGGGCCGUGGAAGAGGGGGAGAGGUCUCUGACAGAGAGGAUGCUGAAGAUGAAGGCUGAGGAGGUUCAGGUGCGGCUGAAAGGCACAUGCGAGAGGGAAAGUGCCCUGGCCUCAGUUGCUGCUCUCCCCUUGCAUUUUGUGUAG